AUGCCGCCGUCUCUCCGCCACCAAGUGAUAGCCAUAUACAAAGAGCUGCUGUAUCUCGGGCGCGAAUACCCGCUCGGGUACGGCUACUUUCGCCCGCGGCUGCACAAGGCCUUCAUGGCCAAGUCGAGCGAGCGCGACGAGGACAAGAUACGGCAGGGCAUCAAGCAAGCUGAAUAUGUAAAAAAGGAAAUCGAAGCUCUAUAUUAUUUGAAACGAUACCGAACGUUGCGAAAACGCUACGUGGCAGAUGCAUAG